AUGAGCGACAACAAUAAAAAAGAUGAAAGAUCAAGAUCAAGAUCAAGAUCGCCAUACAACAGCAAUAUAAGAGCAAAUGGUCGUUCAAGAGAGAGAUCACCAACACCAUCUCCAGAAAGAAGAAGAAAACACGACAAUGACGAUGAUGAUCAAUCACCAAUGAGAUUAUCACCAAAUAGAAACAACAAUAAUAAAGAUAAUGACGAUAAUAAUAAUAGAAACUCUGGCUCAAGAACACCAUCGCCAGCAAGAAAUAAAACCAAAUCAUUUUCAAGAUCACCCUCAGUUUCACCAAGAAAAAAACAUUUUUCACAAUCUCGUUCUCGUUCUCGUUCUCAUUCCCGUUCUCGUUCUCGUACUCGUUCUAGAUCAAGAUCAAGAUCAAGAUCAAGAUCAUAUUCAAGAGGGCGUUCACAUAGCAACCCACGUAACUCAAAUAAAAACUAUAGCAAUAAUAAUAAAAAUAAUAAUCGUGGUUAUAGUCGUCGUGAUAGUCGUUCACGUACACGUUCACGUUCAAACUCCAGACAUCAACCAAGAUCAUCCAGUUUAUCCCCAAUUAAAGUUGAUAGAUUAACACCUAAUGUAAACGAAGAGAACCUACGUGAAAUUAUGGAAUAUUUCGGAACUGUUAACCAAGUUAAAGUUAUGUACGAUAAAGAUAUAGGUCAACCUUUAGGUUAUGCAUUAAUUUAUUUUAGAGUUAAACAAGAAAGAGACAAUGCUAAAAAAUUUAUGGAUGGUGGUCAAAUAGAUGGAAAUAUAGUCACAGCUAGAUAUUUAAAUCCAAAACCCCCCCAACACAGAAGAUAUAACAAUAGAGAUAAUAACAAUAGAUUUAGAGAUAACAGAAGCGGUCCCAUUAGAGACAAUAGAUACAAUAGAGGUGGUGGUAGAAGAGAUUACAGUCCUCAUAGAAGAAGAGGUGGUAGGGAUGCUUAUAGUCCAAUAAGAAGAGGAGGAGGUGGCAGGGAUUACAAAGAAUAUAGUCCCGAUAGAAGAGGACGCGGUUUUAACAAUAGAAACAAAAGUAGAAGUAGAAGUAGAAGCAGAAGCAAAAGUAGAAAUAGGAGUAGAAGUAGAAGUAGAGGUAGAGGUGACAAUGGUGGAAGAGAUUACAAAGAAUUUAAUUCAAAUAGAAGAGGUGGCCACAGUAGAAGCAGAUCUCGUUCUAGAAAUAGACCUCACUCCAGAUCAAGAGAUAAAAGAAGAUCCAGAUCAAAUGAUAGAUCUAGAUCUAGAGGUUUUAGUCGUUCAAUGAGUAGAAGCAGGUCCCGAAGUAGAUAUUAA